AUGCAAUUGCUUGUUUUAUUUUUUAUAUUUAUGGGAAUAGGGAGUGGUCAAGUAUGUGAAUUAAUAUUUAUGAAAAUCCAAUACACAGAAAAAUUAAUAAACAGUUAUAUUGAGCAUUUAUCAAAGGUAAAUUCGGAACAGAAAUGUGCGGAAUAUUGCAGAGACGAUGUUUUAUGUAAAUCAGUUGGUAUUGACACCAGUAAAAUGGAUUGUUAUUUAUAUGAUGGUAGAGUUUAUGCUGGAUUACCAGGAACAGUCAAUACAGAUAUGAUAUAUUACUGGCAGCUAGAAGCUGAAUGUCCUAUACAUCUUGGAUACAGUGAGAAUCCUACUAGUAAAAUAUAUACUGAAUGUCCUAUACAUCUUGGAUACAGUGAGAAUCCUACUAGUAAAAUAUAUACUGAAUGUCCUAUACAUCUUGGAUACAGUGAGAAUCCUACUAGUAAAAUAUAUACUGAAUGUCCUAUACAUCUUGGAUACAGUGAGAAUCCUACUACUGAAUGUCCUAUACAUCUUAGAUAUAUUGAAGAUCCUACCAGUAAAAUAUAUACUGAAUGUCAUAUACAUCUUGGAUACAGUGAAGAUUCUACCAGUAAAAUAUAUACUGAAUGUCUUAUACAUCUUGGAUACAGUGAUGAUCCUACCAGUAAAAUAUAUACUGAAUGUCCUAUACAUCUUGGAUACAGUGAUGAUCCUACCACUGAAUGUCCUAUACAUUUUGGAUACAGUGAAGAUCCUACUACUGAAUGUCUUAUACAUCUUGGAUACAGUGAUGAUCCUACUACUGAAUGUCCUAUACAUCUUGGAUACAGUGAAGAUCCUAUCAGUAAAAUAUGUACUGAAUGUCCUAUACAUUUUGGAUACAGUGACGAUUCUACCAGUAAAAUAUAUACUGAAUGUCCUAUACAUUUUGGAUAUAGUGAAGAUCCUACCAGUAAAAUAUAUACUGAAUGUCCUAUACAUCUUGGAUACAGUGAAGAUCCUAUCAGUAAAAUAUAUACUGAAUGUCCUAUACAUCAUGGAUAUAGUGAAGAUCCUACCAGUAAAAUAUAUACUGAAUGUCCUAUACAUCUUGGAUAUAGUGAAGAUCCUAUCAGUAAAAUAUGUAGUAAAUAUAAUUCAACCGAAAUUACGUGGCUAGAGGCACGAGAUCAGUGUCAAACAGAGAAUGGUAUUUUAAUGUCAGUUGAUACCCCGGAAAAAACAAAUCUUCUUCAUGAAUAUGCAUCCAACACAGAUUCACGCAAAAAAUUGUUCCUGGGAGCAACAGAUAUAGCGGAAGAAAAUGUAUGGAACUGGUUUAAUGGUAUACCUAUAGAUAGAUCAAAAUUUAAUUUAAAUCAACCAAACAACUUUGAUAAUGUUCAGCAUUGCUUGAUUUAUAGAUAUGAUACACCAACCGGAUUUGAUGAUACAGAAUGUAAUAGUUACAGGUACAGUUUUAUUUGUGAGGUUCCUACAAGAAUAGCCUAUAAUACUUAA